CCUCGUCCUUAUCAUCGUUUUCGCUCUCCUACCUUUACUGCCACGAAAGAAACCCUACGCGCUGCAGCGUACGAAGAGAGAGAGAGAGAGAGAGAGAGAGAGAGAGAGAGAGAGAGGAGAGAAAUGGCGAAGGGGCGAACGGAGAUGGAGGUGGGAGACGAUGGCGUCGCCGUGAUCACCAUCGUCAACCCCCCCGUCAAUUCCCUCUCCAUCGAUGUAUUAUCAAGUCUAAAAGACAGUUAUGAAGAAGCUCUGCGAAGAAAUGAUGUUAAAGCUAUAGUUGUUACAGGGGCUGGAGGGAAAUUUUCUGGAGGAUUUGAUAUUACUGCCUUUGGUGAUAUUCAAGGAGGAAAGAUGGAGCAACCAAAGGUUGGCUAUAUUUCAAUGGAUAUCAUCACUGAUACCUUAGAAGGGGCGAAAAAGCCAUCAGUGGCUGCUAUUGAUGGCCUAGCUCUGGGUGGAGGAUUAGAAGUUGCAAUGGCAUGCCAUGGACGAAUUUCAACUUCGACUGCUCAAUUAGGCUUGCCAGAACUGCAACUUGGAGUAAUUCCAGGAUUUGGAGGAACCCAACGACUUCCUCGGCUUGUUGGACUCACAAAAGCUCUUGAAAUGAUAUUGUUGUCCAAGCCAAUAAAAGGCAAAGAAGCUUAUGAAUUGGGUCUUGUUGAUGCCUUGGUCUCAUCUAACGAACUGGUGAAGACCGCUCGUCGUUGGGCUCUCGAUAUUGCCGAGUGUAGAAAACCGUGGAUUAAGAGUCUUUACAAAACCGAUAAAUUAGAACCACUUGGUGAGGCUAAGGAGAUUCUCAAGUUUGCAAGAGCUCAAGCUCAAAAACAAGCUGCCAAUUUUCAACAUCCGCUAGUUUGUAUUGAUGUUAUCGAAGAGGGUAUAGUAUCAGGACCGCGUGCAGGACUUUGGAAGGAAGCAAAUGCUUUCCAGUCGCUUCUUUUCUCUGACACGUGUAGAUGCUUGGUUCAUGUCUUCUUUGCUCAACGAGCAACAUCAAAGGUUCCUGGGGUUACCGACUUGGGUUUGAUGCCCAGAAAGGUAACCAAAGUUGCUAUUCUUGGGGGAGGACUUAUGGGUUCUGGAAUUGCUACUGCGCUGAUUCUGAGCAAUUAUCCAGUGAUACUGAAAGAAGUAAAUGAAAACUUUCUUAAAGCAGGGAUUGAAAGAGUCAAAGCAAAUUUACAAAGCCGCGUCAAGAAAGGGAAGAUGACUGAGGAGAAAUAUGAGGGGACUCUUUCUCGACUCACAGGUGUUCUUGAUUAUGAUCGUUUCAAAGAAGUGGAGCUAGUCAUUGAGGCGGUGAUUGAAAAUGUGUCAUUGAAGCAGCAAAUAUUUGCUGAUUUAGAAAAAUAUUGCUCUCCCCAUUGCAUACUUGCUACAAACACCUCAACAAUAGAUUUGAAUCUAAUUGGAGAAAGAACAAAGUCUCAAGAUAGAAUUGUUGGUGCACAUUUCUUCAGUCCUGCUCAUAUAAUGCCACUCCUAGAAAUAGUCCGGACUCAGAGGACUUCUCCACAAGUUGUCGUUGACUUACUGGAUAUUGGCAAGAAGAUUCGUAAAACACCAAUAGUAGUCGGGAACUGUACCGGCUUUGCUGUCAAUAGGAUGUUCUUCCCUUAUACUCAGUCAGCGCUCUUGCUCGUCGACCGUGGUCUAGAUGUCUAUGAGAUCGAUCGUGCUUGCACUAAAUUUGGAAUGCCAAUGGGCCCUUUCAGAGUGGCGGAUUUGGUUGGUUUCGGGGUUGCUGUAGCCACGGGUAUGCAGUACCUUGAGAACUUUCCAGAAAGAGUUUAUAAAUCAAUGUUGAUAUCAAUUAUGCUCGAGGACAAACGAGCAGGUGAAGCAACUCGAAAAGGGUUCUAUAAGUACGAUGAAAAGCGUAAGGCAAGUCCGGAUCCUGAAAUAGCAAAGUACAUUGAGAAGUCAAGGAAUAUGCAAGGCACCACCCCAGAUCCUGAGCUAAUGAAGUUAGCAGAUAAAGAUAUAGUAGAGAUGGUGUUCCUUCCUGUUGUCAACGAGGCGUGCCGUGUUCUUGAUGAGGGCAUUGCUGUAAAAGCAUCCGACCUCGACAUUGCUUCGGUUAUGGGCAUGGGAUUCCCCCCUUACAGGGGCGGCGUAAUGUUUUGGGCUGACUCUCUUGGAGUGAAAUACAUCUACUCAAAAUUGGAGGAGUGGUCGAAUCGAUACGGUGACUUCUUCAAGCCGUGUUCUUAUUUAGCAGAAAGAGCUGGAAAAGGCAUUCCGCUGAGUGCCCCGGCAAUGCCAAGCCAAACGUCGCGGUUGUAGAUCGGCUUGUUAGUGAUUUUAUCCCUUUCCAUAUCCUAUUAUAAAAAGGAAAGCAAAUAAUAUUAAAAAGAUUGAGAUAGUUAUAAUAGAGUGUUUUUAGGCCUUUAAAUUACAUAUUUAAACAGUUCCAUGAAAGAGGUGCCCCAUAAUUCAUAGUUUAGUGUGGAUAGUUGGCAAUGCAUUGUAACAGUUAUCAGCUUUAGUAAAGAGCUAUACUAAAUUUGUAUCUUCAUGUUGGUAUAAAAAAUGGGAUAAGUUGAGUUAUUGCUUACCACCUCUAAUGUA